UUAAAAAUGAAGCUGGGAAUGUUUAGUGGUGAUCGUGAACAGUUACGGCGUGACGGUUUACAAUUAUUCGGUAAAUUAAUUCGAACUAAAAAUGUUGAUAUGUUACAAGAAACACAACCACACCAACGACCACAAUCGCCGCCAGGUGGAAAACAAAAGUUAACGAAAUGUUUAACCACCUUAGAUUUAACGUCGUUGGGUGUGGGUAGUUGUGUUGGGACUGGAAUGUAUUUAGUAGCUGGUAUGGUAGCAAGAAAUGUUGCGGGGCCAGGUGUUGUUGUUAGUUUUAUUAUUGCAGCAGUUGCAAGUAUAUUUUCAGGUGCAUGUUAUGCAGAGUUUGGUGUACGUGUUCCACAUACGACUGGAUCAGCGUACAUGUAUUCAUAUGUUACAGUAGGUGAAUUUAUUGCAUUCGUGAUUGGUUGGAAUAUGAUAUUAGAAUAUUUAAUUGGCACAUCGGCUUGUGCUUGUGCGUUAAGUGCAUGUUUGGAUGCACUAGCAAAUGGUGCAAUUAGUGAUUCAACUAAAAAUGCUGUCGGCACAAUAUUUGGGCGACCACCGGAUUUUCUGGCAUUUGUUAUAACAUUAUUGAUGAUGUUACUAAUGGCCGCUGGAGUAAAAAAGUCCCUUAUAUUCAACAAUGUAUUAAAUGCAAUCAACCUUGCUGUGUGGGUGUUUGUUAUGACCGCAGGCUUAUUUUAUGUAGACACAGAUAAUUGGACUCAACAUAAAGGAUUCCUCCCAUACGGAUGGUCAGGCGUCUUUACUGGUGCGGCAACAUGUUUUUAUGCAUUUAUUGGUUUUGAUAUAAUUGCCACAACCGGAGAAGAAGCUACAAAUCCAAAGAAAUCAAUUCCACUUGCAAUUGUUUCCAGUUUAAUUAUAAUUUUAAUUGCAUAUGUCACCAGCGCAAUGAUGUUAACAUUAAUUGUUCCUUAUGAACAAGUUGAUCCAGACUCUGCCCUUGUUGAAAUGUUUGGGCAAGUUGGUGCCUACAAAUGUAAAUACAUAGUAGCUGUGGGUGCUUUAGCUGGUUUAACUGUCAGCAUGUUUGGUUCUAUGUUCCCAAUGCCACGAAUUGUAUAUGCAAUGGCACAAGAUGGUUUAAUUUUCAGAUAUUUUUCACAAAUUUGGCCAUUAACAGGCACGCCAGCAAUGGCCACAUUAUUAAGUGGUGUUGCAGCCGCUUUUGCAGCGUUAAUAAUUCGUUUAGAAGUAUUAGUUGAAAUGAUGUCGAUUGGUACAUUACUCGCAUAUACGUUAGUGUCCACUUGCGUUCUAAUAUUACGAUAUCAACCUCAUUCGAAAAAUUUAAUUGAAUUAUUGCCUCAAAGUUUACGAACACCAAACAUAGGCUCACCAACCAAAGAAGACUUAAAUAAAUCAAAUAAUGGGGGUCAAAUUUUGUACAGCAAUGAACUACAUCCAGAUACAUUAAAAAGUGCGUUAGAUUCAUCUGUAUCGUCACAGCGAGUUAUGGUUCGGCGUGUUACACGCAGUUCACCUGAUAGUGACGACACGUAUGGUGGUGAGGAGCCCGAAGAAGAGUUUUCAAUGAGGGACGACCAAUUUUUAGUGUCGGAUAGAACUGAAAAUAAAUUUUAUGGCACAUUACAUGGUGCAGGCAGUGCUACUAGCACUGGUGGUAUGAUGAGCUCAACUGUGGGUCCAAGCCUGGGAUACCUUGGAAGAAGAUUGCAGGCUGCAACGUAUUUAUGUCCUGCAAUAUUUCCAUGGGUCGAUACUGGCCCAGCUACCGAAGAGUCGGGGAUGUAUGUUAUGAAAGCUGUUGGAAUUUUAUACAUUUUAAUAUUUAUUUUUGAUAUAAUUGUGGUUUGUGGUAUCCACAAUAUGACAUCAACAAUAACGUUUUUUCUAUUCUUCUUCUUUUUUGCAAUUGUUGCCGUACUGUUAGCCAUUUCAAGAAAACCACAAAAUAGAAAUGCUGUUGUAUUUAUGACUCCAGGAUUACCGUUUGUUCCUGCAAUUGCUGUCACAGUUAAUAUUUAUCUAAUAUUCAAGUUAUCAAUCUUAACAUUAGUGCGUUUUGUUAUUUGGAUGACUUUAGGAUUAAUUAUGUACUUCUAUUACGGCAUUAAAAAUAGUUCACUAGAAGAUCAACCCGUCGAUGGUGAUUUAAAUAAUAUUGAAUUAACAGUGACGGCCGACGAAACCCAAAAAUACAAUUCAAAACAAACAUCAGAUGCAUCGUAUAUUGCACAAGAGCAACCAGUUUAUACAUGGGAUGAUCCAAAUAAAUUAUGGGAACAAUCUGAAGAUGCGUGGUCGUCACAAGCACCAAGUAAUCCCACAUAUCAACCACAAAAUACAUCAACAAUAGGCUAUACGGGUGCUUGGGCAUCAUCAACACAAGAUACACGACCUCCAACACAAUUACCUCCACCGCCAUCGAAAUCAACAGCAAAAAAAAAUCAACAAUUUAGUCAAAUUGAAACGCAAUAUAAUGUAAACACAAAUAAUACAAGAUCUGUGAUUAAUAGGCCACAAGGAACAAGACCCCCACCGCCACGUAGAGUUGAUUCUAAAGAUUUGUUUAUAAGUGAACAAGAGUUCCCGAAAUGGGAUGAUUAA